AAGUUUUAAAAUUGACACCCCGUAAAGUGUAAGCUACUUUUAUUGGUUUUCAUAAAAAAUAUGCAUAAAAUUUAAAUGAGCGCGGGUGAAUUUUUUUUCUUAAUUUUGGCAAAUCCGCCCCUGAAUUCAGAUCUAAAUCUAAAACGGUAGAAGGAUGGAUGUUAAGAAAGACGAGGUCGGCAAUGGAAAUAAGAAGAGACGGGAGGACAAAGUUAGACGCAGAGAUACAAAAGCUCCCGAUAAUGUAUUGAAGGAACUCAACGUAGCAUCAUUAACGGACCAGCAAAAGUACGACGCUUUGUAUUCAAGGUAUUCAAAUUUGUACGAGGAGUAUCGCACUUGCCAUUCGUCGCUUAGUCUUUCUGAAAAGAAAUGUGUUACGUUGCAAAAGGAGAAGAACCAGUUACAAACGGAACAAAGCAAGCUGGUGUUGGCACGUUCGCGGAUGGAAAGUCUGUGCAGGGAAUUACAGAGGCAAAACAAACUUGUAAAGGAAGAAAACAUAGCUAAAAUUCGCGAGGAAGAAGAAAGAAGAAAGGAGGUCGCGGCCAAGUUUCAAGUAACCUUAAACGAAGUAAUGGGCAUGAUGCAAGAAACGAACGAAAAAAACAUUAAAUUAAGGGAUACCAAUCUAGAUAUGGCAGUCAAAAUUGAAUCCGUAUGUAAGCAAUUUGAGCAGCGCAAAGAGCAGCAUUCGAAAAUGGAGCAACAAAUUGAGUUAGAGAAGCAACUGGCGCAGGCGCAAAUAUUGAAAGCGCAACUCGAAUAUAAUGCCGGUCAAGAAAUGUGGACGCAAGAGCGAGAGAUGCUGUUGCACAAAGUUAAAGAGAGCGAGGAAAACUGUAACCAAUUACAGCAGACUAUAAAGACCUUACAGGAGAAUCUAGAAUUUUACUCAGGAAAGUACCAAGAGUUCAAGUCAUCUAUAACCAAAAGUAAUCAAGUGUUUGACGAUUGUACUAAGCACAUUGUUGUGUUAGAGAAAGCGGUAAAAAUGUGGAAGCAUCGGUCACAGAAACACGCCGAAUCCGUGUUGGAAUUGUGCGCGAACAAGCAGGUGCAAGAAAAGAAAUUGGAUCAAUUACAAAAGCUCUGUAGGCAAUUACAAGCGGACCGUUCUUCUUAUUUAAAGUUGCUAAAGUCCAACGGAAUACAACCCACUUCUGAGACGAUAGUCGACGAUCAAAUUAUCGUACAAGCGACUAUGGAUCAAAUUUCGAAAAAUGCGAAGUAUUUGAAACAGCUUAAAGACGGUUUAAAAGUAUUGGGAGAAGAGCUUAGCAAUAUUCAGCAGGUCGGUACGGACGAUUCUGUGGAAAAUGGUAUUGACACAGACGUCACGGAGGUAGAUGGUGAGGAUGAACCCAUCGACAUUGCGAGUAUAGAAGAAGAUAUUGCGAAUAAUUCUCUCGAUGAGCACAAUUCAAUUAAUACCCUCGAAAGUAAUGUUGCUUAAGAGAGUGCGAAGAGACUUUUUUAAGUUCUAUCUGCAACGGUGGCAGUGUUGAAUCCUCACUUAGUGUUCAUCUUACUUUUUAUUUUCAGACCUUAGAUUUACAAACAUAGCUGUAGUUAGUCGAAUUAGCUGGUUGUUUUCAGGCCAAUUGGUAUUGAUGUGGAAAUUUUAAGUCCUGGCCUUGAGACGCUUUCACAAUCACGAGUAAGGUAAUGGCCUUGAGAAUGUUGUACAAACCAUUUCCAGAGGGGCCAAAUUUUCUUACUUCAAUUUGUUAUUAGUAAAGUGUUGCACAGUGUGGGGCCACUUAUAAUUUAGGCGCCCCCAUAACACAAUUUAUUACUUAGUAAAAAUUGCUAGGUUAUUGUACACUACAGGAGGAUAGGCAUUUCCGCCGUGUUCCAUACUGUCCAUGUUCACAUUGGACACCACAAACAGGAGAUUAUGAUUGAAGAAUUGUUUGGAGCAUCUAAAAGAAACCCAAAAUUCCUGUGAUAUAACCAUUUAAUUAUAAAUCAAAAAAUCUGUUGUAAAUUCAAAUGGGAAACUAAUAUCAUUUUAUACGAUAUUCUAUAGGCCUGGAACAAGCAUUAAAUUUGCACAGUUUUAUAUGUAUAAAAAUAUAACUACAAUUUAUCUCUCUUCACUUU